GGGGGGGGAAAGAGGAAAAAAGGAAAAGUGACAAGGAAACAGAGGGAAAAAAUGUGAGAGAAUAAAAACCCGACCGACCGACCGACCGACCAACCCCGCAGCACGGCGAAGGCGGAGUUCUCAAGAUUGACCAUAGAAGAAAUGGAUAACGGUGGUUAUAUCCAGUUUGAUGUGCCUGAGUACAGCAACUGUGUUCUGAGCCAACUCAAUGAGCUACGCUUACAAGGAAAGUUAUGUGACAUUAUAGUUCACAUUCAGGGUCAGCCAUUCAGAGCUCACAAGGCUGUCCUUGCUGCCAGCUCCCCGUAUUUCCGUGAUCAUUCAGCACUGAGCACCAUGAGUGGUUUAUCAAUAUCAGUUAUUAAAAAUCCAGAUGUAUUUGAACAGUUACUUUCAUUUUGUUACACUGGAAGACUGUCGUUGCACUUGAAAGAUGUUGUUAGCUUUCUUACUGCUGCAAGCUUUCUGCAGAUGCAGUGCAUAAUUGACAAAUGUACUCAGAUCUUGGAGAGCAUUCACUCAAAAUUCAGUAUUGUGAGUAUUGACUCUGUAGUUGUCAGUACUGAAGAUAAUCAGGGAAAUCGCAAUGGGGUUAGGGAGAGCAAUAGCCGCUUCUUAAAUCCAGUUGAAAUCUCUCCACCAUAUUAUGGCCAAGUACGGCAGACAACAAUUGCUAACGAAACACGUAUGGAGGUCACACCAAACCGAAGUUUUCAGAAUCGGACUAUGGAGGAGAGGCACUCUGACCCUGGAAGCAGUGGUAGCAUUUCUGAGCACGAAAUCCAAAUUGAAGGUGAUCAUGAGCAAGCAGAAUUAAUAGUGAGGGAGAGCAAUCCAAUCGGUGCUCAAAUUACAGAGGUCAAAGUCAAAAUGGAAAAAUCCGAUCGGCCAAGUUGUUCUGAUAGUUCAUCAGUGGGUGAUGAUGGUUAUCACACAGAAAUGGUUGAUGGAGAUCAUGUGGACAGAAUGGUGGCUGUGAAUGUCAGCUCGUAUGGACCAGUAUUACAACAGGCUUUCUCACUAUCUCAACCAGCAUCGCAGUCAGCUGGCUUAUCAACUACCUAUGGUUGCCUCACAAAUUCAAGUCCCUCUAGAUCAAUGCUUAGUAAUUUUAGAGGUCGAGGUCGACUGAAACGAAACAUACAGAUACAGAAUGAAGGGCAAAAUGUGAUUAGUCAGUCCUCUGAUGGCGACAAUGGGCCAAACAGGCAAGGUUUUGAAAGUAAUCCCCAUGACCAUGAUGCAAGGGAACACUGGUUUCCAUACAAUCAAAGGUUAAUCUGCAUCUACUGUGGAAAAUCCUUCAACCAGAAAGGAAGCCUUGACCGACACAUGCGGCUCCACAUGGGAAUAACUCCUUUUGUCUGUCGCUUUUGUGGGAAAAAAUAUACACGGAAAGACCAACUUGAAUAUCACAUUCGCGGACACACAGAUGACAAGCCAUACCGCUGUGAAAUUUGCGGUAAAUGUUUCCCUUUCCAAGGCACUUUGAACCAACAUUUGAGGAAAAACCAUCCUGGCGCCGCCGAGAUUAAAGGUCGAGUUGAGUCACCUGACCGAACAGACACACAUAUAGAACAAAAAGAGGGUGAUGAGCCUUCUCCCUCAGAAGAAACCAACAUGGAGACUGCAGUGCAGGAUGUUCUUCCAUUGUCUCAUAUUUCUGAAUGAGUAGCUUAGGCAUAACAAAGCCAGAAGCACACGAAGCUAGAAAUAAUGCUACAAUAUUAGUAUUUUGGGUUUUUUUGUAGCACAGUAUUCACCAUUUAUAUAAUGUUUCUGGUUAUGAAACUAUUUUUCCCCAGUCAAGUUCUAUUUUUUUCUUGUAUCGAUUUUCCCUGAAAGUUGGUAAUUUUGAAUACUUCAGAAAAGAUAUUAUUGGCCUGAUUAAAGGUACAGUGUAUACUAUAAAAAUAAAUGACCAUGUUCAGGAGAAGGAUCAGGAUCAUUAGUUAUGGUAGCAGGAAGUAAUGUGUGAGAUAGUACAAUAAUGCACCACCAUAAUAAUUAAAAGUCAAUGUGGCAAGCCUAAACAUCCAUUCAUCCUUCGCACAGCAGUGUGAAAUGCUAUUCCAGGCUAGUGAUUUAUUUUAUGAGUAGUCUCAUCAAUGAAGGUUAAAGACAUUUUAUUUUGCCUGCCCUAAUGAUGCAGUGAUAUGAAGUUUGAAUUGAACUCAUCAAUGGGGCAGCAUGGAAGCCUGGCAGAGAUCAGGUUUGAAAGUUCUGUUUAUGCUAAUUAUGAUGAGUUUGAUAUUUAUUUUUAACCAGCAGCUUGGUAAAUUGUUAAUUGACCGACGAUCCCAGCCUCUGGAGUGUCUUGACAUAUUAUGAGCACCCUCUACUGUUCAGUCCAUGUGUGACGUUCUUCCAUAAAAUAUCCCAAAGCUUUUUCUCUGGUCAGACUUCUACCUGUACAUGAGGGUGUGGUAACAUGGAUGCCAGGCAAGACUUUAAUAUGCAAUUGUCUCAUUUCAACCUGCGCUAUUAAUUUGUACAUCUUUUACCCAAUUUCUCUUUCAUCAGUGUUAUUUUCAUACUGCUGUGUGGAAUAAAUUGAAUUCUUAAAGGCUGUAUUUAUUAGUUUCAAUGAUAAUUAAAUAAACUAUAUCCAUUUAAAAAAAUACUUCACUCACUCGUACAAGAGACCUACAUACACAUUUUCUGACUAAUGUUAAGAAAACCCUACAGACCUCCUUUCAUAUUCAAACUUAUCCAUGUCAAAUGAGUGCAAUCUUCAAUGUACAUUAGGAAUGGACUUUUAGCAUUCUCCCAGCUCUGAUCAGACCUUGUCAUGCACCCGAGCAUCUUCAGGGAAAUGGCAUUUAUCAAACGGACAGCAAUUAUUUUCUCUCUUGGUAGGCCUGGUGAAGGUGCAGGUUUGCCUCUUUUGUGUCUUCUAUUAAAAAGUAUCUUCUGAAAAUAUGGUAAUUUACCCUAACUGAUAGGGUUGUUGUGUUAGUUUUUGCUCUUAAUAACUUGACUAAGAAUGAAUGCUUCUUUAAUCUUCAAAUUUAGAGAUUAGGAUUUAUAUUGAAAAAAAUCAGAUUGAAUGAACUAUAUGUUUACUUUGCAGAGCAACAUUUCAUCUGUCAGUAGGUACACUUCAGGUUUUUAUACUAAAUUCAAUACUGUACCACAUUUGUCAGUUGAGAAAUUUGUGGGGGGGAGAAAUCAAUCCAGUAUUGAAAAUACUAGGUAGAUACAAGAGUAGCAUCUACAUUAACCAUUGUUUUAUCUAUACAAAUUAUAAUUCACAAUACCAGAAGACUGGUAAGUGAUGUAUUGUAAAAAAAGAUUGUUUUAAAACAAUUCAAGCAACUUUUAAUUGUGUUUAAAAACUUCCAAUUUCAACCAAAGUCUGUCUGCCCCUUUUCCCUUCAUGUUUUCUCUUUAAAAGGCUAGCCUCAUUUAAAGUUUUACUGAUGGGAGCAUAUGACACAUGAAGUUUAUUAAAUUAUGAAAUUAAUAUUUUAAAUUGCCAUACUGUAUCUUGUGCUAGUAGUGGUCUCAGUCUAGCACUUAUAUAUGAUUGUGUCUGCAGAAAAUGCCUAUUGUACAAAGAUUAAUUUUAAAAGUCUUUGACCUUUGGUCAUUGAAGAGUGCAGUGGAUUCGAAACACUUGGAAUUCAAACCAGCAUGUGACUCUUUGAGAAAGUUGACUGCCAGUUAUUCUGAAGUUUCCAAGCUUUUAUGUUAAAUUCAGUGCCACGUUACUCAGUUGAGAAGUUUUGGGGCAAAAAUAAAUCAAACCAGUAUUUAAAAUAAGUAACACGACUUGCAUCUACUUUAUAACAAUUGCACUUCACAUAAAAUCAUAGUGGUACAUCUAUUUUAGGAAAAGAUGACCCUUCUCUCCUCAACUUGCAAAACCCCCUUCCACCUAGCCCCUCUGAAAAAUGAGUUUUGGAUACAUUUACUGUACACAGUUUGCUAAACUAAUGAACUGUAAUUUAGGACUAUUUGAUUAAGGAUAUAAUUGCAUAUAUUCCCAAAGCUGUCUAUGAAAUGAAUACCUUGAAGUUCCUGAUGUAUGUUUUUAGAGGAAAAUAUAAUACAGCUUAACUGUACCUUAUUUAACAGAGUUGGUACUAAUUGGAGCAGUCUUUUAUAAAAGUUUUUUUCUUUGAGAAAGUUACUUCCAACAUGAAAGAUCUUUCUGCCAGCUUUAGUGUUCAUUGUGAGAUUUCACAAGGAGGAGUUGGAGCAUGACGUUGCGUCAUAUGCUCAGUAAGUGCUAGAAAAAUCUACCGGUCCCAUGUUCAUUCCAGAUUUUUGGGUCCGUCUGUACUUGGGUCUAUGCUGUUUUUUAAAAAAAUUCCUGUGAGAUCCAGAAGUUCAACUAACCAUUUAUUAUAAUGCUGUCAGUUAAGUAUGCAUUCUCUGCAUCCUUUUUUAAUCCACAAGAAUACUGAAAGUAAUGAAUUCAGGUGCUACAGGUUUUAGCAAGCAAAUAAUUGCCUGUAUUUGCAGACACAAAAGUUAGAAAUGAAUGGGGGGACCGUAGGUUUUCUCUGCCUUGAAAUAGGAAAGUUAUUGUUGGUGUAUAAUGUUCUAUGUAAUCCAUUUUACUUUUCUUUGUACGAGCCAGGUGAAUAUCUAAGAAUCGUGUCCACUUUCAAAGACCAUAAUAUACAUGCUGUGAUGUACUAGUUUAAAAAAAAAACUAGCAGUACUACUAGACUUAACAAUUUAAUUGUUGCCUGGCUAUCGUCCAAUCCCUUUUUGGUAUUCAAAUGGCAGUCAUAUAUUGGAAAUGUAUGUACUCUUUUGUGGUCAUUGUGAUUACCACCAAUCCUGGAUCAGUAGAUACUUAUCAUGCAGAUUUUCAGGUUAUUAGACUUUGAAGAGGAUAUAAACUUCAAAAGGGACAUGGUUGUGUAUGGCCUCACCUACCUUUCUUAGGGUCUUUGCCCUCAAUGGUGCUGUUAGAUCAGGUUAGAAUUAUUUAUUGAACCAGCAUUAACAAUUUUAUAUAUAAAUAAUAUUUGGAUGCGUACUGUUUCAAAUUUUUUGUUUAUAUAAAUUCUUUAUAUGAACCCUGUAAUAUAAUCAAUCUGGAAUUCUAGUCAACUCCAAAGUAUUGAUGGAAUGAUUGAAGUUGAUGUUUUCUGGAAUGCAUGUAAUCUUUAAGGAAACCUAUAGAGUUUUAAUCUAUUUGUUCUAAAAUCAAGCUAAUCCAUUAUAAUUUAAUAGAACAGAAUGAUUUAACACUGUUUGGAUGGAUAAAUCAAGAGCUAAACUGAUGAUGUCAUUUUGUCUCUUAGAUUAUCCCUUGGAAUUUUUUUUCUGAAGAAGCUAGCAAUUAUCAUGACAAUUUCUAAAACAAAAGCAACUGUAUUAACCAAGAUAAAGCACAAAUCUGACCCAUUAAAGUUUGUUUUCUGACUAGUAUAUUUUGUGCAUGGCUGAAAUUUCAUGAGCCUAGCCUGAUCUGCCAUUUUGAAUUUCUCAGACUCUGAGCUACAAUGCCAAAUGGGCACCCUAUUGCACUUUGCUUGAAUUCAGACAGAAUUGCUUGCUGAACUCAGAAGUUACAGGACAGGCAUUUUAAAACAGCCUCAUUGCAAAGCAAUGAUGAAUUCCCGACCACCACCUCUUUCUCGCUCAAAGGAAACAGUGAUAAGACAACAUUUGAAAUGUUCCGUGGUAGCCAGUUUUGUGCUAAAUAAAUUUGGGUGUAAUACUGUUAGUGAAAUUGGAGAAAAGUGGAAGCAUAUUUCACACUCCCCUGCAUCACUUAGGUAAAUUUCAGGAUCUGAGUUCAGAGACACAGGUAUUGAUUGUAUAGAAUAGUGCAGCACACAAAUCUAGAUUGAUGGGCAGGAAGGUAAUUAAAUUAGCUGCCGGUAAGCAUUUAAAAGGUGCUUGUGUGUAUAUAAUAUAUAAAAAAGAUUUUUAACAAAGCCUGUCUUGGACAUCUACCUAACACUGUUUCUUAAACACCGUGACUCAGACUUGAUAUUAGUGCAAUAAACACUUCUUCACAAUAGAGACACAGUUUUAAAUAAGCUAUUUUCAAACCAUAUAGUGCAUUUUUUUUACUUUUGAUAUUUACUAUGUGUAAUCUGUUUAGGACCAUUGUGUCAUAAGCAACCAAAAAUGUAUUCCACUGUUUUAUCAAGCAGUAUAUCUCAAGAAGCUUUUGUUUAUUCUUCAAUGCAGAAAUUGCAGAAGUUAGAACAGAGUUUUUUGACAAGAGUAACAAGACUAUAUAUAAGGGAAAUGAUUUGACAUCAUCAGGGCAGGUUUCAGUUUGCAAGCAGAGCUGUUAAUUUUCUAGGCUCUGUCUAUAUCAUCAAGAACCACAAAAUGGCUGCUAGAUUGUCACUAUCUAGGGAGGACAUUGACUUGCAGUUCACUUAUUAAAACUCUGGAGAUUUUCUUUAGCAGGCCAUAAUCCAUGAGUGAGUGAAAUAAUGAAGCUAUGUAAAGCUGAUGCUCUGACAGUUGAUAACUAGCCAUUAUGGAUGUAUUUUCUAGCAUGAAUGCAAUCAAUAUUUAUUCAAAAGUAUAUGUUUUUCUCUUAUCCUAUUAGCUGUGUCGGUGAUCAAUUAAUAUUUCAGUGCUGCUUAAUUAUUGUUUUGAUAAUCCUUUUUUCUGUAUUUCCAUUUUGUUGCUUGUAAACAGCUUUUGUAUUGUUUGAAGAGUAAUAAAUGGAAAGUUUCUGUUUUUGUAAAUAAAUCUUUUGCUGUUAUAGAA